UUAGGUUUUUCCGUUUCCGCCCAGCCCUCGAUAGUUCGCCAAUCAGCUUAUGCGUUUGGGUAAGCCCACCUUCUGCCCUUCGCUCGGACUCCUCCGCCUCCUCCCGCUGCUGCCUCAUUCCACACCUCCUUCAUCGGGCGGGUGUCUUCUGGGGGCCCAAGGGCUGGCGGCGGCGGCGACGGCGGCGACGGCGGCAGCGGCAGCGGCAGCGAUAUGGAGCUCGGGGCUAGUGGCCGAAGUAUUGCUCGCGGACACGAGUCCGGGUUCCUGAACAUUCCGCCGCCCCGGGAGCAGGAGCGGAAGCUGGAACAAGAGAAGCUGUCCGGGGUGGUGAAGAGCGUACACAGGAGGCUCCGCAAGAAGUACCGGGAAGUGGGAGAUUUUGAUAAGAUCUGGCGAGAACACUGUGAAGAUGAAGAAACCCUCUGUGAAUAUGCUGUUGCAAUGAAAAAUUUGGCAGAUAAUCAUUGGGCAAAAACUUGUGAAGGUGAAGGUCGUAUUGAAUGGUGUUGUAGUGUAUGCAGAGAAUAUUUCCAAAAUGGUGGGAAGAGAAAAGCACUUGAGAAAGAUGAAAAAAGAGCUGUACUUGCCACUAAGACCACGCCAGCCUUAAGUAUACACGAGUCUUCUAAAUUUGAAGGUCAUUUAACCAACCUCAGCUUUACAAACCCUGAAAUUAUAACUGAGUUGCUACAAACCUCAGGAAAGAUCAGAUUACUUGAUGUUGGCAGCUGCUUUAACCCCUUUCUGAAGUUUGAAGAAUUUCUAACUGUUGGCAUAGACAUUGUACCUGCUGUAGAGAGUGUAUAUAAAUGUGACUUCCUGAACUUGCAGCUUCAGCAGCCACUCCAACUUGCACAGGAUGCUAUAGAUGCCUUUUUGAAGCAGCUGAAAAAUCCUAUUGAUUCUCUUCCUGGAGAACUUUUCCAUGUGGUUGUUUUUUCUCUCCUUCUUUCUUAUUUUCCAUCACCUUACCAGAGAUGGAUUUGCUGCAAGAAAGCCCAUGAACUGUUAGUGUUAAAUGGUUUAUUGCUUAUCAUCACACCUGAUUCCUCGCAUCAAAACCGUCAUGCUAUGAUGAUGAAAAGCUGGAAGAUUGCUAUAGAGUCCCUAGGUUUUAAACGUUUCAGGUAUUCAAAAUUUUCACAUAUGCAUCUGAUGGCAUUUAGAAAAAUCUCACUAAAAACCACAAGUGACUUGGUUAGUAGGAACUACCCUGGGAUGUUAUAUAUUCCUCAAGAUUUCAACAGCGUAGAAGAUGAAGAAUAUUAUAACCCUUCCUGUUACGUUCGAUCAGAUAUAGAAGAUGAACAACUAGCAUAUGGUUUUACAGAGCUCCCUGAUGCUCCAUACGACUCAGAUUCUGGAGAAAGUCAAGCCAGCUCCAUUCCUUUCUAUGAGCUAGAAGAUCCCAUAUUACUUUUAAGUUAAUAUAAAAGCAAAAGGCCCUACUAGUCCAGACUUCUAAACUAAUUGCUUACACUAAUCAGAAAUACUAACAUGAACUCAGUACUUAAAACCUGGUUUGCAUAGAAAUGCAAAGGUUUACAGAGUUUGCUAUUUUUUUCUACUUCUGGAUUUUAAAAUUUAUUCUUAUAUAGAAAGCUUAAAGUUUCAUGCAGAAUGACUCUUGUCAUAGCAGAAACCACUGUUACUUUAGCAUUUAGCACUAAGAGAUCAUAGAAAGAUACCUUUGUAGUGUUAUUGUGAAAAAUGAAGCUUAGUUUGCUCUGUAUUUUUCUUUUUUUAUCUUUUCAAUGUUGACUUUAAAACAUUACAAUGAGAAAUUUUAAGAUAUGUAGAAAGCAGUAGAUUUCACUUUGAUAAUUCACAAGGUAAGUGUGACACAGAUUGGUUUAGUUGUUUUGUAAUGCACUUAUUCUUUUUUCUAACUAAAUUGUUACCUUUUACAGAAAGCCAUUUUCUGUGUCCAGUUUUGUGUGAUGAUCCAACAUUUCCUGAACUUUUUGGAAUUGAUGAUAAUUUUUUUUUCCCUUGUUCUUGCUCAUUUGGCAACAUCAGACAUUGGGGGUGAGAUUUCCCCCAAAGUAUGUAUUGUAAUUUGAUUAGCACAGUACAAUAAACACCAUUGCCAAAGUAGAAUUUUCAUACCUUUCUUGGGCCUUAGUGUUAGUAUAUUUAACUGUGAGAGUUCACUUCUACUUUUUUAAAUUUAGGUUUCAUUUACAAAACGUUCUAUUUAAGCAAGGAACAAUACUCGAUAUUGACCUUUGUAAAAGGGUUUGCACUUGUAAGAGAGCUUUUAUUUUAUCUGGACCAGCCUUGAUAAAGGGUCUUCGCCUUUCUGUUAAGGAGGUGCUGCACUACAAGUCUGAUGAUAUAGAAAAAAAAUUUAAAUUAACCCUUUGCUGGUCAUAAAAUGGUUCAGACCUUUCGGUAUUCUUAUUACUGUCUAAAUCCUAGCUAAAAAUUUUCUUUGAAAGUAUAAACUAUUAGUUAGCUGUGGGAAUUUUCCCUUUCCACAUUGACAAAUGCCUUUCUGUGUUUCUGAAUCAGAAGCAAAUGAUUAAAGAGAAAUGUAUGUCCCAAUAAGACAAGAUUUAGUUUAAGUAGCUAAGAACAUUUAGUCCAUAUUAUCUUAUCAGCCAGCAAUUCUCAUGUAAAUUAUCAUUUUUAAGAGUGCCACUGUGUGGAGUUUUUUUCAAGUGGUUAUUACAUUAAAAUUACCUCAUACUGAGGUUUUUGCACUGAAAUAUCACAGUUUCAGAUUUCAUGGUUAACGUACGUAUGUGUGUUUUUAAAAGAACUUUCAUUUUCAAUAGUUGACCUAAAUUUCAUAAACUGCACUUCUUUACUCUGGUAAAACUGAUGUUUUUGUGCUUAUUGUGAAUUGCUGUAGUUAACUUUGAAUGGCAAACUUUACGUAGAAAUACAAAAUGUAUUCUUUAAGAUAUAAAUGGUUGCGUGUGUACCUGAUAUUUCAAAUUAAAAUCACAUUCUAAAUCAAUGAAAGUAAUAAGAUUGUAAUUAACCUUUAAAAAGUUAAUUACAUGCAAUAAAUAUUGAUUGCUCAAAUAUGCCAGAAGUAACUUGAAAUUUUUCAUGUACUUUUCAAUAGCAUAAGAUAGCUUAAUAAUUAGGCUUGACUUUUCUUUCCAGUUAAGCAUUGUUGGAUCAAGUCUUGUAGCUCCCCCAAAAGAAGAAAAAAAUCCAGUUUGAUGUUCAAGAUAACACAAAACUGUAUUUUGGUAGUACUUUUACCAUAUUGCUUGUUUUCUUUGAUUUGACUAAAUACUAUCCUAAGGGCAAAGAAAACAUACCAAAUGAAAAUGCUUUGAAAGUAAAUGAAACUGCUUUUGAGAGGUUGGUGUAAAUACAACCUUGGAGUCAGCCUCUGUGUUACAGCUAAAAUGUUGGUGCUAUAAAUUCUUUUGUUUACAGAUUCUGCUUAUGCUCCAAAAUGUGCAUGAUGUAUUUUAACUAGUACUUUACAGAAAAAUCUCUUUAUAAAACCUAUACUACCACUUAGUAUAAAUUUUUUAAUUUAUAAAUAUCAUUUGUUACUAUAAAUUCAGCUAUUCAAAUUAGGUUGGCACAGGAUUUAAACUAAUACAUAUUCCACAGAGCCAAUCCAAUGUAUAAGUGUUAGAAUAUAAGCAGUUGUGUGGCUUGGUGCAAGAUUAUAUAUGUAAUGACAAGAGAAGUUAAUGGAGUCUUCUAAUAUUGUAUGGGUAUUCUCGAGAAUGAUUUCAUUUGGAUAUAAAGAAGUUAAGGGGUCUCCUGUCAUGUUUACAACAGGGUUCUCCAAAAUAAUUUGGUGUUUGAAAAACAAAUGAUUAUUUGGUUGGAUUCUUCAAGAUCAAGUAGUUUAUAUCAUAGUUGCCACAUGGUAGGAGGUGGCAUACCUGAAACUGUAUGUUUGUGUUUGUUGUAUUUUUCACAUUUUGUGAACAAAGCACAUUUAUUAAAAAUUUUAAAUUUUCUAAUA